AUGAGAGUUCAAGAUAACAAGAUAACCUUUAAUAUUCUCAAAGCCAUGAAAUUUCCUGACCCGGUGGAAAGUAGAACUAACAAACGCCAAGAAGAGCAACUGAUCGAAGUUUUGAAGAAAUUCAAAACGGUGAUCGGUUGGACUAUAGCUAAUAUCAAAGGGAUCAUCCCAUCCAUCUGCAUGCACAAGAUUAUACUAGAGGAGAGCGAAAAAGUUAUAAUCGAUGAGCAAAGUAGGAUUAAUCCUAUCAUGAAGGAAAUAGUGAGAAAGGAAGUAAUACAAUGGUUAGAUACGGAGAUUAUUUACCCCAUUUCAGAUAGCUCAUGGGUAGUCAUGGAUGAUUUCUUCGUGUUUGGAGAUUCUUGUGAUAUAUGCUUGAGUAAUUUGGCUAAGGGAAGGUAUUGUCCUAGGUCACAAAAUGUCCAAAACAAGGAUCGGAGUUCACAAAGCAAGGUGGAUGUAAUUAAGAAGCUGCCACCCCCAGUCACUGUCAAAGGAAUUAGGAGUUUCUUGGGGCAUGUCGGUUUCCACCUAAGAUUUAUCAAGGACUUCUCAAAGAUUUCCAAGCCCGUGUGUACUUUAUUAGAGAAAGACACAAUCUUUGACUUUAACAAGGCAUGCUUGGAAACCUUCAAAAAGCUAAAAAACUGUGCAACCUCAGUAUCAAUAAUUGUUGCACCAAAUUGGAAUUCUUCUUUUGAAUUGAUGUGCGAUGCUAGAGAUUUUGCAUUGGGAACUAUGAUGGGCCAAAAAAGAAACAAAGUACAAAGGAAAUUUGUAGCUGAAAGUGAAAUAACCGAGCUCCUAUAUCACUACCACUCAUCCCCAAGUGAAAGACAUUUUAGAGGUUCCCACAUUGCAGCCAAAAUUUUGCAAGUAGGAUUCUUCUGGCCAACUUUAUUUAAAGAUGCGUAUGCCUAUGUGAAGAAUUAUGAUCGAUGCCAGAGGACUAGAAGUAUAUCAAGAAGAAAUGAUAUGCCCUUAACAAAUAUACAUGAGGUAGAAUUAUUUGAUGUUAGGGGCAUUAACUUUUUAGGUCUAUUUCCUUUGUCUUAUGGUAAUAGUAACAUCUUGGUAGUUAUGGAUUAUGUAUCCAAAUGGGUGGAAGCUGAGGCAUACCCAACAAAUGAUGCAAACGUAGUCACGCGAUUCCUACAUAAGCAUGUAUUUACAAGGUUUGGGACUCCUAGAGCUAUAAUUAGCGAUGAAUGUUCCCACUUUGUAAAUAAAUGGCUUAAAUGGUUGUUUGACAAAUAUGACGUGAAACAUAAAUUGGUCACUGCCUAUCAUCCACAAACAAAUAGUCUGGUUGAGCUUGCAAAUCAUGAAAUCAAAGGAAUCUUGGAAAAUGUAGUACGUCCAAAUAGAAAAGAUUGGUCCCAGAAACUUGAUGAUGCUCUAUGGGCCUACCGGGCAGCUUACAAGACACUGUUAGGAAUGACUCUCUAUUGGUUAGUCUUUGGAAAAGCCUAUUAUUUACCAUUGGAAUUGGAGAGUAGAGCUCACUAG